AUUUCUUUGAAUGGAAGAACCAGUGACUCGUCCUGGAAAAAAAUUGUGGGCUAUAGCACGUAAAAAAGUGAAAGUUAUAGCUCGAAUAAAUGCAAUGAAAAGGAUUACUCUUUAAAAUUACUAUGGAGUUAGAGAUGAUAAUGAUUUUGUAGAGGCCACUUAAAUAAACAAAUGGGUUAUAUAUCCAGAAUCAAAAUUUAAAGCAUUUUGGGAUUUUAUCAUAAUAAUUUUAAUGCUUUAUACAUGCACAAUUUUACCAUUUAGAUUAUCUUUUUAAGAUUCGACAAGUGAAGUUUGGAAUUCGAUAGAUGAGGUUUUCAAUUAUGUUUUCAUGGCUGACGUAAUAAUAAAUUUUUUUACUGCUUAUUAAGAUGCUGAUAAUGUGUUAGUUACAAACAAUAAAUAUAUAGCGAUGAAUUACUUGAAGAGUUGGUUUUUAUUGGAUUUAGCUUCAGUGUAUUAGUUUAAUAUAAAAUCUAAGGAUUCCAUUCGAUUAGAUAUUCUAGCCAGAUGAAUAAACUGACACAAAUGUAAAUUCAUCAAGCAAAGGUUCGUAUACUCAAUUAUUGAGGUUGGCAAGAUUACCUCGUUUGUAUAGAUUAUUGAAAGUGGUAAAGUUAUUCAGAAUAGUUCGAUUUUAAUAAACAAAUAGAUCAUCAAUGUUUUCAAAGUUGAUAAAAUCUUGUAUAAAGUUGGAUGCAAGUAUAAAGAGAAUGAUUAAAAUAAUGGGAAUGUCAUUAUUAUUUUUGCAUUUAAGUAGUUGUUUUUAUUAUCUGAUAACUAAAAUCGAAAGAGAUGAAAUAACAUGGGUAUCAAAUUUAGGAUUGGAUGAAGCAGAUGAGGCAACUCUAUAUAUUCGAUCAUUUCAUUGGGCAUUGUAAACAUUAACAACAGUUGGUUUUGGAGAUGUUUCUCCUUAAACAGAUUGGGAGAAAUUAUAUGCAAUAUUUUGGAUGGGAGUAGGAAGUGCAUUUUUUUCAUUUAUGAUUUCAAAUCUAUAAGGAGCAGUAGGAGAUUCAGAGAAAUCAGCAAAGAAUAAGAUUAUGAGAUUGAAUGUAAUUCAGAAUAAAAUAAAGAUUCCUGAUUAUUGUAAAUAUUGAGUUUAAACUUAAAGUGUUUUAAUUGAUAAAGAGACAACUUGAAUCGUAAUAGCUGGAGAAUUCGAGGUAGCAAAUAAUAAUGCAAACAAAACCAUUGAUUAAAUAGUUGCCUACAUGUCUAAGAUCUUCUGUAUAGUUGUGUAUUUACGCUCAUGUUAUUGAAAAGAUCAAGUUUUUACAAGAUAAAGAUAUAGAAUUAAUAAUGGAUGUGAUACCAAAGAUAUCUCCGUUGAAUUGGGCAUAAGGAGAUAUUCUAUUUUCAACUGAUGAUUAUGCAGAAGAAAUCUAUUUUAUUUCAAUAGGAGAGAUAACAACAAGGGCUGCUGAUGGUUCAACCAUUUCAGUUUAUAGAGAAGGAGAUACUUUAGGAUUAUUGGAAGCAAUUUAUGAUGUGAGAAGGAUAGGAACUGCUAUCUGUAGUAAGAAUACUUAACUCUUCAGUUUGGAUAGAACUACUUAUCUUUAAAUGUUGUAGGAUUACCCAUAAUUACUCUCAGAAGUUAAAUAAUAAGUUGACAAAAGAAUCAAAGAAGUUAAGCCUUUCGUUGAAGAUGCUACCAUUUUAAAUAGAUCUAUCUAUGAAGUCAUGCAAGAUUAUUAGAGGAAGAUUAAUAAAAUCAAGAAAAUUAUUGAGCAAUUACAAAAAUCAGAAGAUAGUAAUGACAUUAUUGAUACUGACAAAAAUCAAUUAUAAAUAUUUCUACAAACCAAUACUUAAUUAGCCGAUAUUAUGAAUUUAUAAAGAGAAUCCAAUUCCAGAGAAACUGUGAUGUUUGAUAAUGCUAAAACAAUGAAUAAUCUUAUUGAUUAAUUAGCCGAUCUAUGGUAAAAAUAAUUGAUCGAAAAAAUUGAUUAAAUGCAUACUGAAACUACUUAUAUGAUAUAAGCUGUUCAAGAUAGAGUUGAAUAUUAUCAGAAAGCUACAAAGAAGUUUUCUAAUCUAAAAAAUGAUCUAACUAAAUAAAAAGAAAAUAUUCAAAGCAUGACCAAAUUAUGAAAAAUUAUAAGAAUUUAUUUUAAAUAUAAAUAUAUACCAUUAUAUCAGCAGCUAUCAAUCUUAUUA